AUGGCAUAUAAGGGAAUUCAGUACGUUGGUAUUAUCACAGCUUUCUUGGGAUGGUUGGGAGUUGUCGUCGCCUGCAGCCUGCCUCACUGGAAAGUAACUCCAUACAUUACUGUAAGCUCUGAGUCAAGAAGGGUUAUCUGGGAGGGAAUUUGGAAGAUUUGUGAAGUGCUGAACACCGGGAAUAUACACUGUGUGCCGUACUACGAAGAACAGGGUCCCAGCACGGACCUGCUGGUCAUCCGAGCACUGAUCCUUGUCUCCAUUUCAGCUGGCAUAAUUGGCAUCAUGAUGUUCAUCCUGGGUGGAAAGUGCACCAAGUGUAUUGAGAAUUCACGUGUUAAACCCAUAGCAUCUAUCCUAGCUGGAGUGUCAUUCAUAAUCUCGGGUGUGCUCGGCGCAAGUUCUGUAUCCUGGACAGCUUAUGGCAUCAUCAAAGAUUUUCAUGAUCCCCUUUUGAUGAAUGAACCACGCCGUGAACUGGGGGCUUCCUUGUACAUUGGUUGGAUAGCUGCAGGUUUUUUGUUGGUGGGAGGUGUGCUGGUUUGCCUGAACUGA